AUCCUUCUUGAUUUGCAAACCUUGUACUUCAUUCACUUGAUUCAAAAGAGUCAAUCCACUGCCGUCGGAAUGUGGGGCAAUACCGAUAACCUUGCUAGCUUGCUCACAUGGCGGAUAGUAGUUCAUUCUCACCGUUUGCACACCUUCUUUGAACAAAUCGAGCAGCUUUUCGGGCUCCACUCCAAGGUUCUUAGCCAUGGAAAUCAUCAAGCUUUGAGCCACCUUUUCCAGUUCUAUUGAAUACUGGUCGAGAGAUGCC